AUGGAAGAAAACAAGAAUGAGAUAGGAAAGAAAGCAGAAGAUGAAGCUCAUGUUCUAAAUAUAAACCUGACACGGGAUACUGAGGUUUCCCAGUCACACUCCACUGUUAUUGUUGAAGGCCAGCCUUCUUCUGCUGCAGAAAAUGGAGAAAUCAGCCCAAAUGUCCAACCCACCCCCAUCACAGAUAAGGAAAAUGCUAUUAAGCCAAAACUCCAGAUUACUUUUACCACAUUCACUGUCAAGAAUGGUGAAGAGUUAAAAGUAGAGGUCCCAGUCUUUGGGAACCCAGCACCAAAAGUUGAAUGGAAAAAAGAUGGCCAGGGAGUAAAAGAAACAUCAAGGCUAGAGAUUUCAACCACACCAUCAUUAACAGUCCUUCAUAUCAGACAUGCUAUCAGGGAGCACUCUGGUCAGUACUCUGUCACUGCAGCCAACAGUGCUGGAAAAUAUACAGGGGAAAUCACCGUGGUUGUUCUUGAAAAGCCAGACCCUCCCACAGGACCUGUCAGGAUUGAUGAAGUCAGUUCAGACUAUGUUACCAUCUCCUGGGAGCCACCUGAAUACACAGGAGGCUGUCAACUAGACAACUAUGUAGUGGAGAAACGGGAAUCUACAAGUAUGGAGUGGCAGACUGUUUCUGCAACUACAGUAAGAACCACAAUCAAAGUUACCAAGUUGAAGACAGGAAGUGAAUACCAAUUCAGAGUGUUUGCAGAAAAUAGAUAUGGAAAAAGUACUCCAAUCACAUCACCCAUUGUAGUUGUGCAAUAUCCAUUCAGUGUACCUGCUGCCCCGGGCACCCCCUUUGUUUCCACUGUUACAAAGUACAGCAUGGUGGUUGAAUGGGAGCCUCCAGUCAGAGAUGGAGGCAGUCCUGUCAUUGGCUAUCACCUUGAACGCAAAGAAAAGAACAGCAUUUUAUGGACCAAACUUAACAAAUUUGUUAUACCUGAUGCUCGCUUCAAAACAAGUGGGCUUGAAGAAGGUAUUGAGUAUGAAUUCAGAGUCUUUGCUGAAAAUAUUGCAGGGCUCAGCCCAUCUAGCAGGAUAUCAGAAUGCUAUGUGGCAAGAGACCCCUGUGAUCCACCUGGUAAACCUGAAGCCAUUGUCAUUACGAGAGAGAACAUUACACUCCAGUGGGCAAAGCCCAAGUAUGAUGGUGGAAGCAGUAUUACAGGCUAUGUUGUAGAAAAAAAGGAGCUCCCAGAUGGCAGGUGGAUGAAGGCAAACUUUACGAAUGUUAUUGAGAAUCAGUUCACAGUCACAGGUCUGACAGGAGGACAAAGUUAUGAAUUUAGGGUAACUGCUAAGAAUGGGGCUGGUGUUUGGAGUCCACCUUCAGAAAGUGUAACCAUCAUUGCACAGGAUGUCAUUGAAGGACCCACUGCAUCAGUUGAUCCUAAAUUCAAGAGUACUACAGUUGUUCAGGCUGGAGAGACAUUCGUCAUUGAAGCUGAUUACUUUGGAAAGCCUCUUCCAGCAGUAACAUGGUUGAAAGAAGGAAGAGAAAUCGACAAAGUCACACCAAGAAUGGAGAUCAAAACCACUCUCACACAUACAACCCUGACUAUCAGGGACUGUACACGAGCAGAUGGGGGACACUUUCUCUUAAGCCUCACUAACAUUGGUGGAACUACUUCUGUCCCAGUUAAUUUGAAGGUCCUGGAUAGACCUGGUCCCCCUGAUGGACAACUGAAGUGCACCUUCUACACCUAUAGCUACAGCUGUGACCGGUGA